AUAGUGUAAGACGUAUAGCUAUAGCUAUAGCGCAAAGCCGCAAUCGCAAUACUCAAUAUACAUAACGUUUUCAAAGUUCAAACUAAACGAUUACCGAUUGUAAUAUGAAACUCAUAUGAAAAAUGUUGGGCUUGGGUCCAUUCAAAAAAAAAAAAAAUCCCAGAUCGCCAGUCUGUGAUUAUAUGGUACUUCUUUACUUUCGUAGAAGGUAGAACACAGACUAAAACGGUCGCCUUCCAUGCGCUAAUUAAUCAAGUCGUAUUCUUUGAAACUCAAGUUCGGUACACCACAGUAACAUACACUCGCUACCAUUAUUCAGCAUCCGCUAUUAUACUGUUCACGUGAAUAUUAAAAUUUCAAUGUUGAUCUAUCUUGCUCCUUACUUCUGUUCUAUUUAAUAUCGUUUUAGCAUAUUAUACCAUCAAAUUAAAUACCAAUAAAAAAAUAAUGCGGAGAUGAACUCCGACCCGACUUAAAACAAAAGAGUUGACAUUAGGCUAAGACUAAACUUUUGGAAAAUAAAAACUACCAACUAACAAUGACUAAUGAAGUAGUGGCUAGAGUGUACUGUGUGUAAUACUGUGAAUUGUAAUGUCUAAUAUCUAUUUUACUAAAUAUUUAAAUAAUAAAAAUUAUUCACUCAUGCAUCACUACAGUUUAGCCAAUCUUGAUAUUAAUAUAUUUUUAAUCAAACUAAAUUAUCAUUUAUUAUUAUUGAAUGGCAAUUAUAAUAAUUAUAUUAUAACUGCUGUAGCUGUACCCUGUAACUUGUAACUAUUUCCUUAUGUUACAUUUGUUAUGUACCUGUAAUGGUAUAUAUACCUAUUUAUUAUAGUGUUUUAGUGUUGGUAGGUUCUUUAAUGUAUUGAAUAUCUUAAGAUAAGACCUGGAUUCUUACUUAUUAUGUUAUGUAUUUUUUUUUUAUUACCUACUGACCAGAAAAUUAAUUGACUGUUUCUCCACAUUUUCACAUCAAAUUUUAUUAAUUACCGGACAUAUAAUGGAGCUAGUGAAGAGCGCUAAAACAAAUUUACGCGUUAACUUGAAAAAAAAACUGUCACUUAUGACUGCUAGUGAAAUCAGUGAACAAUCAAAAGUUAUAACUAAUAAAUUAAUAUCUCAUCCAGUAUACAAAAGCAGCAACAGAGUGUCAAUAUACCUCAGUAUGGAUUCUGAAGUACAAACUCAUAGUAUUGUUAAAAACAUUUUUCUCUCAGGAAAAAUAUGUUUUAUUCCAAAGUACAACACAUCUGAAAUGUGUAUGGUAAAAAUAAGAUCAUUUGAUGAACUCAAUAGUUUGCCAAAAACCAAAUGGAAUAUAUCACAACCAGCUGAUGAUGAUGUGCGCGAAGAUGCAUUGACAACAGGUGGUUUGGAUUUGAUGAUAGUUCCAGGCUUGGGUUUUACCACUGAUGGUAAACGAUUAGGACGAGGAAAAGGCUAUUAUGAUCGAUGCAUAGCUGAAUAUGAAAAAAAAUAUCCAUUAAAUAAUAUGAAAACCAUUGGAUUAGCAUUCAGUGAACAAAUAUGUGAUGACAUACCUAUUAAUCAACAUGAUAGUUUGAUAGAUUUUAUAAUUUGUCCUUAAUUAUUAUAAUAAUCAAUUAUAUGUACAGUGCUAUACUGCUAUGUAUAAAAAUGAUAA